AUGUCUGGAAGAGAAGGCGGCAAGGGACUCGGAAAAGGAGGCGCCAAGCGUCACCGAAAGGUUCUCCGCGAUAACAUCCAGGGAAUCACCAAGCCCGCCAUUCGCCGUCUGGCUCGCCGUGGCGGCGUGAAGCGUAUCUCCGGGCUGAUCUACGAGGAGACCCGCGGUGUCCUGAAGGUGUUCCUUGAGAACGUGAUCCGCGACGCCGUCACCUACACCGAGCACGCCAAGAGAAAGACCGUUACGGCCAUGGACGUGGUCUACGCUCUGAAACGCCAGGGACGCACCCUUCCUGAAGCAGUGCAUGUAAGGAAGCUAGCUAGCGCCAUGGCCAGAACCAAGCAAACCGCUCGCAAAUCCACCGGUGGCAAAGCACCCAGGAAGCAGCUCGCCACCAAGGCUGCGCGCAAGAGCGCCCCGGCCACCGGCGGCGUGAAGAAGCCUCACCGUUACAGGCCCGGCACCGUGGCUCUUAGAGAGAUCCGUCGUUACCAGAAGUCCACUGAGCUGCUGAUCCGCAAGCUGCCUUUCCAGCGCCUGGUGCGAGAAAUUGCCCAGGACUUUAAGACCGACCUGCGCUUCCAGAGUUCCGCAGUGAUGGCCCUGCAGGAGGCAAGCGAGGCUUACCUGGUCGGCCUGUUCGAGGACACCAACCUGUCUAGCGAACACACAAUGUCUGGAAGAGGUAAAGGCGGCAAGGGACUCGGAAAAGGAGGCGCCAAGCGUCACCGAAAGGUUCUCCGCGAUAACAUCCAGGGAAUCACCAAGCCCGCCAUUCGCCGUCUGGCUCGCCGUGGCGGCGUGAAGCGUAUCUCCGGGCUGAUCUACGAGGAGACCCGCGGUGUCCUGAAGGUGUUCCUUGAGAACGUGAUCCGCGACGCCGUCACCUACACCGAGCACGCCAAGAGAAAGACCGUUACGGCCAUGGACGUGGUCUACGCUCUGAAACGCCAGGGACGCACCCUGUACGGUUUCGGCGGUUAAACGCACUCUACUCGGAACGUCAACAUCCCGACUUGAACCCAAAGGCUCUUUUAAGAGCCACCCACAUCCGCUUCAAAAGGGCCAAAUCCAUUGUCGUAUUAAACCAUGAGCCACUCCGA